AUUUAUCUUAGAGAAAAUCUCUUCAAUAUAAACAGAUUAAUAAAACAAGAAUACAUAAACGACAAAUUGAUUUUUUUUCAUAGACAAAAAAAAAACUCGAACUGAUUCAAAUGAGAAAUAACUUUGUUUAAUUCCUAUUUAUAUUUGAAUAAUUACUUUAUUAAUAAUAAGAGUAAAUUAUUCUCGUUAUCAAUAUGUUUUAUCUAAGAUAAUAUAUUAUAUUCUUAUCUUAUUAUUCUUUAAUAUAGAUAUUUUAAUCAUCUCAUUUUUUCAAUCGAUUCAAAUUCAAUUUAAUUUAUGAUUAAAUAUAGUUUUAUAUAUAUAUAUAAGAUUUUCUAAAGAUUUAUAUUUGAUAGAGACUUUUUAUAUUAUAAAAUCGAAUUAUUUAAUAUUGAAAUUAGUUUUAUCAAUAAAUAGAAACAAAAUCAUUUAUUAUAUAAUAAAUAAACUCUAUUCGUCAAUAUAUUCAUUUUUAUUAUUUUAUUUUCGAAUGAAGAUUUAUUUAAAUAAAUUAAAUAAGUUAAUUAUCUAAUUAUAUUAAUAAAAUAAUUCUUUUUAGAAAUAAUUUAUCUAAUAAUGAUAAUAAUAUAUAGAAUAGGAGUUAUUCUAGACCAUUCUUACUCAUUGUAUAGGUUUAGAUUUGUUUUAUUCUUAUCAAAUUGAAUAUCUAUCGAAACUAUUGACUCGUUUAUUCUCUCUUAUUAUUAAUUUGAUCUCGAAUAAUGAGAAUAGGAUAAUAUAUCAUUCGGUGACAAAAAUUCUCUAUACUCGAUAGAGGUUGAUUAGAUCGUUCUAUUCUCUAUUAUCUAUUUUAUGAUUUCAACCAAAUGAAACAAUUGUUAAGUAAACACUUGUUUUAUAUAUUAUAAAAAAAUCUGUUAAACAUAUAUUUUAAAGAAUAAUUUAAAAAAAUGAAAAUAUUCUUCUAUUGAAGAAGAAUCUAUAAGAAAAAAAGUUUAAUUAUCUAAUUGAAUUAGUUUAUCAUUGUUAAUAAUCUAUAUUUAUAAUUAUUAAUAUAAUAGACUAAUGAACAAAGAAAAAGUGCAUCAACGAAUAUAUCAUCAACAAACAAAAAAUCUCGAGUCAGUAUUGGAUCAUUAUCUCAAUCAUUAUUAAAUAUAGAUGUAUCUACAUCGGAUAAAAUAAAUUUAUUAUCAAAUUUGGAUAAAAUGUUUAUUGAAAUCGAAGAUCAUCAAAUAAAUUUAGAAAUUCUUCAAACAAAUCAAUCAGCUGGAUCAUUUCUUGAUGAAAUAUCCAAAUGGCAAUCAACAUUACAACAUGUUGAAGAAGUUUUAAAACAAUGGAAUUAUGUUCAAGAAUUAUGGAUUAAAAUUGAUUCGCUUUUUCCAAUAAUUGAAAUUGAUUCUCAAACAAAUAUUCAUUUUUCAAAAAUUGAUAAAGAUUUUCGAAGUUUAAUGAUUUCAGUUGGAAAUAAUAAUAAUGUUUUAAAAUGUUGUCAAAAAAAAAAUAUUCUUCCUAUGUUAAAAUAUUUAACAAAUCAAUUAAAUAAAUCUCAACAAUCAUUACGAAAACAAUUAUUUAAUCAAUAUAAACGAGGACGAUUUGUUUAUCUUAGUGAUAUUGAAUUAUUUGAUUUAUUAACAUCAGGUUAUAAUAUUCAAUCAUUAAGUCAUUAUCUUAGUUAUGUUAUACCGGGAUUAAAAAAUCUUUUAUUUUCUCAUGAAAAUAAAGAUCAAUCUAUUGGAUUAAUAACCGAACAUCAAUAUGAAACAAUUAUAUUUACUAAAAAUGUUCUUUUUGAAGGUAAUAUCGAAAAAUUUAUUGAUAAUCUACUUGUUAAUUUAAAAGAAACAAUUCAAAACUCAAUUGAUAAUGCUAUUCAAGAAUUAAGAGAAAAUAAUCAAUUAAAUCUAGUCGAUUGGUUAAUCAAAUAUCCUCGACAAACAAUUGUUAUUGUUCUUAAAAUAAUGUUUACACAACUUAUUGAACAAUAUUCCAAAGAAAAUCAUUCACAACAGAAAUUAAUGGAAUUAACUAAAAAUUUAUUAGAAGAAAUAAAUGGUGUUAGAGAAAACUCAUCUGAUAAAUAUUUAUUAAUAAAUAAAAAAGAAUCAAUUGGAAAAUUGGAUGAUCUUUUAACAAUAUUAUCAUCUUAUUUAAUACGUUUUCCAAUUGAUAUUAAUUCAUUUGAAUGGUCAUUUACUCUUAAAUAUUAUUCAAAUCAACAAACAAAACAAAUAUCAAUUCAAUGUUUAGAUAAAUCGAUAAAUUAUGGUUAUGAUUUGGUUAUAAAUAAAGAAAUGUUUACUCCUCGUGAACAUGAUUUUAUUGGAAAAAUCUUUCUUUCAUUAGGAUCACCUGGAGGAAGUUUAAUUCUUAAUCAAUAUAGUGAUUAUUUUAUUGAAAAUUUAUCAUCAAAUAUAGGUGAAACAUUAUUUCGUCUUGAAUGUAAUUCAAUAACAAGUGAAUAUGAAAUAAUAAAUUAUUUUAUUGGUCUUAGUCAAGGAAAUUUUACUUUAUUUAAUUAUAUAAAUAAACUUAAUAAAAAAUCUCUUCAUUUAUUUCUUCAAUUAUCAUCGCGAGUUUAUGAAACAAUAUUAAAAAAGAAUAAAUCAUUUGAAUAUAUAUCACAAACAUAUACAUUAACUGAUUAUAAUCAAAUCAAUUUUUUUUCAACAAUUUAUCCUCAAACAAUUGAAAAUUUAUCAUCAUUAAAAAGUGAUUUUAUCAAUAAUAAUCGUCUUAUAAGUAUAAUAAGACCAGAUAAUACUCAUCUAUUUAUAUCUUAUUUAAUUCAAUCUGGUUUUCAUCAUGCAUUUAAUAUAUCAAAAAAUUUUAUUAAUCUUAUUUAUUAUAUUGUUGAUCAUUCUAUAACUGAAAAUAUAUCUCAACAUGGUAUUAUUCGAUCAUAUAUCGAUUUAAAUCCAUUUUUAAUAAAAUUAUUAAUUAAAUAUAGUAAAAUAAAUUUAAAUGAUCAUAAAAUUGAAGAAGAAGAAAAAUGUUUAUAUAAUGGUUUAUCAAUAAUAUCAAAAUGUUUUAAAAUCGAAGAUAAAAAAUGUUUAGAAUCAUUUCUAUUAAAUAAAAUAAAUUUCGUUAAACAACAAAAUAUAAAAUCAUAUCCAUUAAAUAGUUUAUCUUUAAAUAAUCGAUAUAUUGGAGAUAAUAUAUGGAAUAUAUCAGAUGCAUUUGAAUUAGUUUUAAAUCAAUUUCAUUUAAAUAUAAAUGAUUAUAUUUUAAAAAAAUUAUUUCAAUUUAAUUAUUUAAAUGAAAAUCAUUCGAAAAUUCUUAUUAUUGGAAAAAGUCAAGUUGGAAAAACUCUUUUAAUAAAAACAUUUAUUAAAUCAAAAUCAUUUUUUAAUUCAAAACAAAUUUAUCAUCAUAUUAUCUUAGAAUUAUGGUCAUUAGAAGAUUUGUUUUUAAAAUAUGAUUAUAAAACAAAUUUAUUUCAACAAGGUCUUUUAAAUAAUAUUAUUCAAUAUAAUAAACAAAAUCUUUAUCUUCAUCUUGAUGGUUUUAAUCAAAAUGAUCUUUCUUCAAUUGAACAUUUUAUUAUUAAUUUAGAUCAUGCAAACAUUUUUUGGGAAUUAGAAAAUUUAAAUAAUUUAAGUCCAUUAUUACUUUCAUCAUGUGUUAUGCUUUAUAUUGAAGAACAAAUAUGGACAUGGAAAGAUUUUAUUUUAUCUAAUUUUUCAAAUAAAGAUUAUUCAGAAAUAUAUCAAGAAUUAGAAAGAAUUUUAAUUGAUUAUAUAUCAAAAAUUGAAUCAUAUGAUAUAAACGAUAAAUCAACAAUAAAUAUAUCAUUUAUAUCAAAAAUAUCAAUGACAAUAACUUUAUUAAAAAAUUAUCUUAAAAAUGAUAAAUUUUCAUUUAUUGAUAUACGUCCAUUAGUUGAAUUUACUCUUUUAUGGUCAUUUAUAACACAUAUUCAUCUUGAUUAUAGAAAACAAUUUGAAAAUUGGUGGAGAACUACAUUUCAUCAUAUACCAAAUGAGAAAUCUAUAACUGAUUGGAUGUAUGAUAUUGAUUCUCAUCAAUUUGUUCUUUGGUCUGAUACAAUACCAGCAUUUAAUCCAUUAGCACAUCAAGGAAUUCCAAAUAAUAUAUUUGUUCAUACACCUUAUACAAUGGCAUUAUCACAUUUGAUUAAUUCAAUGAGUGAAAAUGAUCAUCCUGUUUUAUUAAUUGGAGAACAAGGAGUUGGAAAAAGUGCUUUAAUAAAUGAUCGUUUAAAAGCAACAUGUGGUGGAGAUAUAAGUGAUGUUUUUUAUAUAACAAUCAAUUGCAAUGCAGAAACAGAUGGUUUAACAGUUUAUCAAAAAAUUGAAGAACAACUUCAAUGGAAACAUUCAUCUUAUUAUACAACUAAAGGAAAUCGAAAAAUGUUUUGUUUUGUUGAUGAUCUUAAUCUUGCUAAGAUUGAUCGAUCUGAUGGUCAAUCAUUAGUUGAAUUAUUACGUCAACAUAUUGAUUCAAAUGGUCUUUAUUCUCCAUUUAAUUUCAAAUGGCAACAUAUUGAUAAUAUAACAUAUGUUGUUACAAUUAAUUCAAAUAAAUAUUUAUCAAAAUUAAAUCGUUUAAUAAAACAUUUUCAUAUUAUACAAAUGGAUAUGCCAAAUCAAUCAGAUUUAGUAUCGAUUUUUUCAAAAUUAGUUAAUAGACAUUUUAUUGGAGAUAGUGGAGAAUCUCAGUUAACUAUUAAAGAUUCAAAUGAUAAUCUAACACGUAUAUCAACUGGAAAAUCAUCAACAAUGACAACAACAACAACAGCAACAACAACUGAUAGAUCAACAACAACAGGAGGUCCAUCAACAACAAUUGGAUUAAAAGAUAAAUUAACUACACAAACAUUAAAACGUCUUGAAUAUCUUCGUUUAAUUAUUGAAAGAAUUGUUAAGGGAACAGUUGAAUUAAAUGAUAGAAUGAGAACAAUGUUUAAUAUAACAAGUCAACGUAUUCAUUAUGUUUUUACAAUGAAACAAUUAACACAAGUAUUUAGAAAUAUUUGUAUUAGUUUAACACCUGAAUCUUCAAUUGAUGAUUUACUUUAUUUAUGGCAUCAUGAAUUAGAUUGGAUUUAUGGUAAACGUCUCUUUGAUCAAACUGAUCAACAAAGAUAUUUACAAUUAUAUCAAACUAUUGUUAAAAAAUAUUUUACUAAUAUGAUUAAUGAACAACAAGCAUUAACUAUUCAAAAUCAACUUUUUUCAAAUUUACAACUUACUGAAAGUGGAAUGGUUGUUGCAAAUUUAAGUCGAGAUUCUCAAAAUUAUUUAACAGAUAAUUAUAAUCUUGUCACAGAUCAAAAUCGAGUUGAAACACUUGUUAAAAAUUCCAUUAUUGAAUAUAACAAAGAAAAACCAAAAAUAAGUUUUCCACUUUAUCCAUGUUAUAUUGAAUUAUUAUGUCGUUUAUGUCAUCAAAUUCAAACAGUUGAUGGACAUUGUUGUAUUAUGGCUGAAGGCGUUCUUGAUCCAUCGAUGAUUGAUUUAUUUGCAUCAAUUGUUAAUUAUCAAUUAGUUUCAUUUAAAACAAGUCAUUUAAUUACAUCUGAUGAUCGUCAUCAAUCAUUUAUUAAACAAAAAUUAACACAAACGUAUAUUGAUGCAGGAAUUCGAAAUGAAAAAAUCAUAUUAUUAAUAACAGAAGAAGAAUUUCAACAUAUUGAAUUAAUAAUUCAAGUUACUAAUUUAUUAAAUACAGAAGAAAUGUCAAGUUUAUUUUCAUUAGAAGAAGAAACAUCAGUUUUAAAUUCAGUUCGAACACAAGUUCAACAAGCUGGUCUUUCAUUUUCUCGAGCUGUUGCUUGGGAAUUUUUUCUUCGAAAUGUUAAAGAAAAUAUUCGUGUAUUAAUAUUAAUGAAUGAAAUAAAUAAUAAAUUAUGUCUUGAUCAUCCAUCAAUAUUUAAUAAUAUAACAUUAAUUUAUUGGCAACAUUGGGAUACUCAAACACUUGUACAAAAUAGUCUUUAUCAUUUAAAAGAUGUUCAAUGGUUGGAUAAAAGUAGUAGGGAAAAUACUGCUCAUCUUCUUGCUUCAAUGCAUAUUUCAAUACGAAAUGCAAAUGCAAAUCAUACACAAAAAUUACCACAUAUUAACAAUCAUACAUUUACUAUAUUUGUUGAAAAAUUUGUAACAAUAUUUAAUGAAAAAUCUGCAAAUGUUUAUGAAAAUCAUUGUGAUGUUCAACGUCUUCUUGAACAAAUUCAAUAUCAACAUGAAACAGCAUCAAAAUUAGAAAAAGAAUUACAACAUGAAAAAACAGUACUUGAAGAAAGACUUAAAAGUACUGAACGUAUGUUAGUUCAAAUCGGUCAAGAUAUGGUUAUGGCUGAACAACAAAUUCGUGCUCAUAAAUGUCAAACGCGACGAACAGUUCAAUUAAAAAGAUUAUUACCUGAAUAUGAAUUAACACAAGAAAAAAAUUUAUAUAAAUGUUUAGCUAUUGCAACUGAUGCAAGAAAAUUAAUUGAAACACUUGAUAUGAAAUCUUUACAAGAAUUAAGAUCAAUUACUAAACCUGAACAAUCACUUGAAGAUACUAUAGCUGCUGUUAUUAUGAUUUUAAAAUCUCCAACAGCUGAUGUAACAUGGCAAAAAGGUGCUAAAAGACAAAUGGCUAAUCUUGAUAGAUUUAUUGAAGAAACUCAAUUAUUUGAUAAAGUUAAUUUAACAGAAGAACAAAUUAAUUUAAUUAAUGGAGUUAUUGAUAGAGUUCACCUUGAAGAUAAAACACUUAAUCAACCUUCUUAUCAUAAUGCUGUUUUUACUCUUUAUAAAUGGGUUAAACGAGUAUUACAAUAUCAUACAAUAUUACUUAAAAAAGUCAAACCAUUACAUAAAAAAUGUGGAGAAAUUGAACAAGAUGUUUUAGAACAAGAUCAAAAAUUAAUUUUAUUAGAUAAUAAAAGUCAAGCAUUAGAAGCUCGUUUAAAAGAUCUAUCACAAAAUUUUGAAGAAGCAACAGUUGAUAAAAAAGAUCAAGAAGAAAAAGUUUCAAUAAAAGAAAAUCAAUUAAAAACUGCAUCACAAUUAAAUGAAAUAUUAUCUCGUGAAUUAGAACGAACAAGUAAAAUAUUUGAAUCAACUAGUGAACGUCAAUCAACAUUAAUUGGUACAUGUGGAAUUAGUUCAGCUUUUUUAAUUUAUCUUGGUCCAUAUUCAUAUGGAUUUCGUCGUCUUAUGUUAACUCUUCAUUGGAUUAAAUCUAUUAGAGAUAGAGGAAUGACUAUUAGUUUUGAUCAAAUAUCAUCUGUUAAAGGAAGAAUUAUUAAUUGGCAAUUAGAUUCAAUUCAAGAUAAUCAAAUACAAAUAAAUGAUGAAGAAAAAUUGUUAAGUGGAAGUGAAUAUCGUCAAAUGUUAUUUUCAUUAAUUGAAUUUCUAUUGGGUGAUGAAAUCUAUCUUGAAUGGUUAAGUAAUGGAGUUUUAUCAUCACAAAUGGAAAAUCAUACAAUUAUUGUUAAAUCAGUUGAAUAUCCUCCACUUCUAAUUGAUCCAUUUGGAGAAACUGAUCAAUGGAUAAAAGAUUAUUAUAAUGUUCAAAUAAUUGAUUUUGAUGAUGAAUCAAAUCAUGAAAUUGUUAUGUUAAUUGAACAAUCAUUUUUAUCUGGUUCAAAAAUUUAUAUAAAAAAUUGUAAUUCAUUAGAUAGUCUUAUUUAUCCAUUAGCACAAUGGAAAUCAACAUCACAAAAAUUUAAUACUAAAGAUGAUACAAAUUUAAUAAUAUAUUGUGGUCGUCGUUUAUUUUGUAAUCCAUCAUUUCGUUUUUUUGUUCAAACAGAUAUUGAUUCUCUUGAUAAAGUCUCACCAUCAUUAUCAUUAAUGACAACAGCAAUUAAUUGUCAAUAUAGUGUUGAAACAUUAUUAGAUGAUUUACGACAACAAGUAUUUCAACGUGUUCAACCGAAUAUUUAUCAAAGAAAAUUAUCGAUUUUACGUUUAAUAUUAAUUUGUCAACAAAGAAUUAAAUCAAUUGAUUCAUUUCUUAAAUUAAAUUCAAUUAGUGAUGGAUUUGAAGGUGAAAAAGUUGUAUUAACAUCAGUUGCAUUAGAAAGAAAAUAUAAAUUAGGUGAAGUAAUUGAAGAAUGUUAUGGAUUAUUGGAUUCAAUUGAAGUAUAUGUUGAUUAUUAUUUUCCUUAUGCUCAACAUGGUGCAUUACUUUAUUCAGUUAUUCAAAGAAUAAAUCUUCUUUCACCUUUAAAUUAUAAAUUUUCAAUAAAUAUUAUUUAUAAAUUAUUUGAUCAAUUAUUUCCUUUAAAUAAUCAAACAUCAAUUGAAGAUAAACUAUUUUGGAAAGAUAUUCAAGAUGAACAAUAUGAUAAACUUCCAUUAUUAAUUGAAAUAAAUGAUUUAACUAAAGAAGAAUUUUCUCCAGUUGACCAACAACAAAUUGAUGAAAAUAUUAAAAAAAUGAUUCAAUCAUUUAUUAAAUUAAUUUUACCUCAAUUAUUCAAUGAAGAUCGUCUUGAAUUUUUAGUUCUUCUUCAAUUAUUAUUAAAAACAGCAGUUGAAAAUAGUGAUGGAAAAACUGAAAUCCUUCAAAUUGAAUUGUUAGCAACUGGUUUACCACGAAUUAAUAUUGAAUCAUUAUCAUAUUCAACAGGAAUAAAUAAAAAAGCUUCAUGGAUUGAAUCAGAUAUAAUUUGGUUUGAUAUAAUAUCAUUAUCAAAUUUAUUUAAUAAAGAUGAUUUAUUAUAUCAUUUAUCAGAAUCGAUUUUAUUAAAUGAUCAAUUAUGGAAAGAUUGGUAUUUUAAUCCUCAAUUAAAUCAAUUUCCAAAUCAAAAUGAUAAACAAUAUUCACAAUUAGAUAAACUUGUUAUUAUUCGUUUAUUACGUCCUGAUUAUUUAAUGAAUGCUUUACAAGAAUAUGUUAUUCAACAAUUUGAUUUAAAUCAUUUAGAAAUAAAUCCUCCAGAUUUUCAAGGUGUUCAUUUUAUUAAUUUACCAUCAAUACCAGUUAAAUCAAUUAUACCAGGAGAAUAUUUAAUAAAUAAAAUUGAUUUUGAUAAUUAUAUUGAAAAUAUAAUAAAUGAAAAAGGAAAAAAAGUUUGUCAAAUUGAUUGUUUAAUUACAAAAACAAUUGAUUAUAAAAAUAAUGAUUACGAUAUAUUAUUCUUUAAAAAUGUUCAUGAGACAUCAUUUUCACAUAUUAUUAAACAAAUUCGUCGUCAUUCUCAAUGUGAUAUUAUAUUAACUAAAGAAGCUUGUUUAAAUAUAAAUUAUGUUGAUGCUCAUAUUGAUCAUUAUGAUUGUUUAAUAGAAAUAAAAGAGGGAAAUUUAUCAAAUUUAUUAUAUAAAUAUUCUUCAAAUUCAAUUGAAUUAAUAAUUGGAGAAAUUUUAUCAAAUUGUUCAUCAAUAAUAAAUCGUUGUAAAAAAGAUGAACUUACAAUAAUAUAUGGUUCAAUAUUAAUUCAAUCAAUUCUUGUUUAUUAUCAACAAAUAUUUCAACAAACUUCAUUUACAGUUCAAUGGACAAGAAAUUUAAUUGAAUUUAUUUUAAGUUUAAUUGAAAAUACAAAAGAUAAAAAAUUUCAAAGAUAUUUAAUUGAAAUGGCAUUUCCAACAAAUUCUCCAUUAUUAAAUAAACUUUUAAAUGAACUUUUUCAACAAAUUGAAUCAAAAGAUUCAAUACGAUUAAAUGAUUGUCAAUUUGAAAUUCCUCAAAAUGAAAAUCAAUUUAAUCUUCAAUGGUUUUUAUCAAAACAUCCACAAAUUAAUUUAACAUAUAAUAAUUAUCCAUCUAAAUUAAAUUCUCUUCAACAUCAAUUUUCGAUUUUUACCGAAAAAUUAAAUAAAUUAUGGCACGAAAAAUCCUUAAAUAUUAAUCAACAAUUAAACGUUUCUUUAAUUCAUGAUAAUAUUCAUUUAUUUAAAGAACGUUUACCUCCAUUGCUUAAAUUACCUUCAACAAUAGAGUUUAAUCAAGAUUUUGUUAAUGUUGCUCUUUAUCAGGAAAUAAUCUAUUUUAAUAAACAAAUCGAAUUAAUAUUAAAUGAUAUAAAUGAAAUGGAAGAUAUGUUAUCUUAUGAUAAUUUAUUAUUAGAUAAAAAUCCAAGAUUUCGAUCAAUUGGAUUUGAUCUUGAAAGAAAUAAAAUUCCAUUAUCUUGGUUUUCCGAUCAAUCAUCUGCACCAAUAUUUAUUUCAAUUGCUCAAUUUAUUCAUCAAUGUCGUCAUCGUUUUAACGAAUAUUAUUCUUGGAUAAAUUGUUUAAAAGAUGUUGAAAAACUCGAUUGCCGUUGUAUUAAUCGUAGUCGAAAUUUAAUUGAAUUAAUGUGUCUUUCACAUGCAUUAAAAGUUAAUCUUACACGAGAUAAAAUUCAAUGUAUUGGUCAAUGGUCAUCAUCAAAAGAAAAAAAAAUCUCAUCUGAUAAAACUCGUCAUUUGAUUUUAAAUGGUUUAACAAUAAUUAAUGGAAUUGUUGAAGAUAAUUAUCGAAUUAAAUCAAUUAGUGGAAUAACAAAUGAUUGUCCACCAAUUGAAAUAUGUGCAACUGAAUUAACAAUAGAUUCUAAUAUGUGUCCAGUUUAUUCAAGACCAUCAUCUCGUCUUGAUUCACCAUUAUUUUAUUUAUUAUUAAAUGAACAAAUUGAUCCAAUGACUUAUAUUGUUUUUCAAAAUGAAAAAGAAGAAAGUUUAACAAUUCCAUAUCCAACUGUUAUUCGUCAAGAAACGGAAAAUCUCUCAUCAAUUAAAAAUGAAAAUAAUCUUGUAAGAGAUCCUUCUCCAACAUCUCAAUUAUCUCAAUCAACUCAAAGAACAAAUACUCCAUCAAUAAAAGAUAUUCAACGUGAUGAACCAAUGUUAGGAUUUUAA